AUGUAUGGGCGUUACACUCAGGAGCUGGGUGUCUACGCCAAGGCAGAAGCGGCCCGCUUACGGGAUGGUGGCGUGCGCAAUGGCGGAGGACUGCGGCGGAACACCAGCGUCCGAAGUCGCACUGUGGACUUCCAAGAGUACAAGAAAGGCCCGUGUGCUAAGUGCCUGUCGUGUGCAUCUAGCUGCCAAAAGUUCUUGAUCUCGCGGGUGGGUGAGGACUGGAUCUUUCUCAUCCUGCUGGGGCUGCUCAUGGCGUUGGUUAGCUGGGUUAUGGACUACGCCAUCGCCUUUUGCCAAGAAGCACAGAAGUGGAUGUACGGCGGCCUGGACAGCAAUCUGCUCCUGCAGUACAUCGCCUGGGUCAGCUACCCCGUGGUGCUGAUCACGUUCUCUGCUGGAUUCACCCAGAUCUUGGCUCCUCAGGCCGUGGGCUCAGGCAUUCCGGAGAUGAAGACCAUCCUAAGGGGGGUGGUCCUGAAGGAGUACUUGACCUUUAAGACGUUUGUAGCCAAGGUCAUCGGUCUCACCUGUGCUCUGGGCAGCGGCAUGCCUCUGGGGAAGGAGGGGCCUUUUGUACAUGUUGCCAGCUUGUGCGCCGCACUUCUCAGCAAACUUAUGGCUGCUGUUUUUGGAGGAAUCUACAUGGAAGAGCCCUUUGAGGGAAGCAAGAACGAGUUGCGAAACACCGAAAUGCUGUCAGCUGCUUGUGCAGUGGGUGUGGGAUGCUGCUUUGCUGCACCCAUUGGAGGGGUGUUGUUCAGUAUCGAGGUCACCUCAACGUUUUUUGCGGUGAGGAACUACUGGAGGGGCUUCUUUGCUGCUACCUUCAGUGCCUUCAUCUUCCGAGUGCUGGCUGUGUGGAAUAAGGAUGAAGAGACCAUCACCGCUCUCUUCAAGACUCGAUUCCGUCUGGACUUUCCCUUCGACCUUCAGGAGCUGCCGGCCUUCGCCAUCCUCGGCAUCGCAUGUGGUUUCGGCGGCGCCCUCUUUGUCUACCUGAACCGGCUCAUCGUGGAGUGCAUGAGGCGGCAAAAGACCAUUAACAAGCUCUUGCUGAGGAAUCCAUCUCUUCCUGUCAGGCGUUUGGCGUAUCCGGCGAUCGUCACCCUGCUAGUGUCCACCCUCACCUUUCCUCCGGGCUUUGGGCAGUUCAUGGCUGGCCAGCUAACCCAGCACGAGUCACUGGUGGCGUUGUUCGACAACCGCACAUGGUGCCGCCACGGCGUGGCCGAGGAGUUUGAAUAUAUUGGCCACCACCACGGCUGGAAGCACCCACAGGUCAACGUCUUCAUCACGCUCAUCCUCUUCAUCGUUAUGAAGUUCUGGAUGUCCGCUGUGGCUACCACCAUGCCCGUUCCGUGUGGGGCCUUUAUGCCAGUUUUUCUCAUCGGCGCAGCAUUUGGCAGACUGGUUGGAGAGAUCAUGGCUGCCGUGUUUCCUGGCGGUAUCCAUGCCGACGGCAGCGUGUAUCCCAUAGUGCCUGGCGGUUAUGCUGUAGUUGGUGCAGCAGCGCUGUCCGGUGCCGUCACUCACACCGUGUCCACGGCGGUCAUCGUCUUCGAGCUGACCGGUCAGAUUUCGCACAUCCUGCCCGUGAUGAUCGCGGUGAUUCUGGCCAAUGCCGUGGCUCAGGCGCUCCAGCCAUCACUCUAUGACUCCAUCAUCCGCAUCAAGAAGCUGCCCUAUCUUCCCGAGUUGGGCAUGGGGCAUCACGAGAAGUACAACAUUCGCGUGGAGGACAUCAUGGUGCGGGACGUGCGCUUCAUCACGCUCACCUCAUCCUAUCGGGACCUGCAGGAGAUGCUACUGACCGGUCAGCUCAAAACACUAGCUUUGGUUGAAUCAAGAGACUCCAUGAUCCUCCUGGGCUCCAUCGAGAAGCUUCAGCUUCAGUCUCUGCUCUCGCUGCAGCUGAGUCGCCAGCGCCGCUUGAGCCACCUGCGCCAGCUGGUCUUGGACAGCGAUGCCGACGAAAGCCCAAGCGGCGAUGUCCCCCCGGCCAAUAAGCGCGACGGCAAUGCUCAUCAAGGGGUUCGCUUCCUGGUGAGCACCCAAGAGAUCUCCACAGAGGAGUCCUCCUCCUUCACCCCAGUGGUCACCAACGUUCAGCUUCCGCUCAAAUCGGCGCUGAAAUGCACAUCAGCAGUCAGCAACACCGACACACCCGACAGCUCUCAGACGCUGUCCUGUGCUGACCAAGACAAGGAGCUGCUAGAGAGUCCAUCUGGAUCGGUCUCAUGUGAAAGAAAGAAACCAAAACGCGUGAGGAUCACCAUGUCGGAUGCGACUGAAGUAGAGGAUUGCAUGAGCCCAACUGAGAUCACAGAGUGGGAGGAACAGCAGCUGGACCAGCCGUUGGAUUUUAAGAAUUCCAAGAUUGACCCAGCUCCAUUUCAGCUUGUGGAACAAACCUCACUGCAUAAGACUCACACGAUCUUCUCCCUGCUGGGUCUGGAUCACGCCUACGUGACCAGUAUGGGCCGUCUGGUCGGUGUUGUCUCUCUCAAAGAGCUACGUAAGGCCAUCGAGGGCUCGGUGACAGUGACCGGGGUGAAAGUACGCCCACCGUUGGCCAGUUUCCGUGACAGCGGCAACAGCAGCAGCAUAUCUGAAGUAACCGAGCUGCACAAGCUGUGCAUUCGCCACAGGGGGCUCUCGUUGCCGCGGGAACCCAACCCCCCGGACCAGACGGACGACCGGCUGGACACGGGCUACCAAGAGAUGCCCGUCGAUGUGUCGGAACGGACCGGGUCGAGCUUUGAAGCCGGCCCGGGACAGAUGUCACAGCCAUUGUGUGAGCUUCAGGAUAGCCCCUCGUUCACUGAGGACCAAUCAGAGUUCACUUUUGACUGCAGCACCUCCCACACUGAGGAGUCCGAGCUGGUUUGUGACAACGAGCCGCCGCUGAACCAAACUUCUGAGCCAGAUCAAGCGGAGCAAGGAAGUGACAGUCUCGCUCUGGGUGGGGACCAAUCAGAACAAGAGGCAGUUGACCUCCUGCCGGGGUAUAAGUUCCGGCGUCAACCUCGUACCAGCCCCUACAGAACCUUCUCGCGUGUGGCACGAGGAUUCUGA